CUCAACGUCAACUGGUUCGACCACUUGAGUGCUUUCCUCGUCGUACGGGACACUGGCAGACGAUGGCUGGUCGCCAAAGCCUGGAAUACGCGCCCAGUGUCUCGUCCUUCGCACCAUCAACAAAUGUGCCUUCCACUGCCGAUGUCAGCCCCCGUCUAGACUCGGUCUUGACUCUAUCGACGGCCACGACCUCGUCAACGCACCAGAGGCGUACCAGGCGGAGCCUCAGUCUCCUAGACAAGAUACCGACAGAAUUUUCUUCAUUGCUACGCUCUCACAGCACCUCCCGUCGAUAUAGUGCCAUAUUCCAGUCUAAUCAAGCCACUAAGGUCCGUUUGUCGGAUUAUGCCGACUCGCAUCCUUCCACCCAGCGGCCUACAUCCAAAGACAUGUAUGCCUCACAAGACAAUGAACGGCCAUCGAGAAAGUCGAAGUCGGGGAACAGGUUCUACAACUUCAUCACCCGUUCACGUUCGCGUUCUCGGACGAAAGCUGAGGCGUCUGUGGAUAUAGAGCCCGUCCUUCCCGACCUUUCCCAAGAUUAUGUGGCUGAUCUUUCGACGCAUUCCCAACAAUCCAGCGUGUCUAGUCGGGCACAAUUGGAACAAAGGUGCCACACACCCAGCUCUAAAUCAUCCGCCCUACACCCAUCUCGACCUCUUUCUUCCACAACAACUGCUACUAAUACUACUAUCAAGCCUCCGACGCCCAAGGCCAAGAGGAGGGCAGCCGUUCCCAUCCCCAAGCCCAAUAUUUUAGCUCAAGAGAAUGAAAAUCCAUCCAAUGCCGCUGGAUCGAGACCUGGCACUCCCAAGCUAUCUACACGUAAAAAGCUUCAUAGCCUUUUUGGAAUUCCUCUCAGUGGCGCUCGCCGUUCCGGUUCGCGGAAAUCAUCCAUAAGUAGCACACGUCCCACCACACCUGAUCUGCAGAGUUCUGCCGACGCACCCCCGCUUCCUCUUCAGCCCGAGGCUCCAAAUUACUAUAUACAUGCCAAUAGCCAUGAUCCAAUACCCCCUCACAUGCCUGGAGCUCCCCUUUCUCUUCACAUGCGCCCUGGGGAUUCCAAUGUGAACCGUACACCCGUCGACCCUUUAGAAUCGUCAACGUCCACCACUGCGUCAUGCAAGAGGGAUACCUUUUUCAAGGCACCCAAGCUAUUUUCAGUUCGUAACCCUCUCGUAACGUCACCAACCCCGUCUACUUUUGAUGACCGCCCUUGUCCCUCUUCACCGCCUCCGCCUGUCGUCUCUUUUCCGAUCAAGCACCGAAGAACGCAGACUCAAAUUGACGCUCAACCUUCGCCAACAACACCUGCAACGCCCGUGCAGCGGGCGACACAACCUGUGGCACCUCAACCUCGGCGUGCGACAACUUUAACCAGUGACAACGACGUUACGAUACCGAGAAUAACUCAUACACCUGCGACGCCCUCACGACCAGGCACGUCACCUCCCAGGCUUAGCCAAAGAAAAGAUUCACUAGACUCGACUCAUCUCUAUCGGGUUAUGUCCGUUGUGGAUGAAGAAAAGGAACGAACGGAGUCGGAUCCAGUCUCGGACAAAGGGAAAAAGAGAAACGACAGUGUUAAACCCGGGCAUCGCUCUGGCGUGAAGAAUGCGAAGGGCUCCAUGGUCCGAUCGACAAGACAUGGUUCUUUUGAUUUUGAGCGGCCUGGGAUGAUCUCGAGGACCGCCAGUGGUAAUUCUGUGAGUACCAAUAUGACCGGCGCGUACAGUUACAACAGAAGCGGCGACAGUUUAAGCAAUGCAAGCCGCAGUGGUGAGCCUUCGGGGCUCGGGUCGUCGAGAUCCGGUGUAGCACAGAAAGAUAUCCCGCUACAGCCGCCAAAGCGACGACGAUCGCACCGUGCUACACCUCCCAUUGCGCCGUUAGAACCCGAUUACACGGGUGCAUCCUCUUCGACCAAUCAUAGCAAAUCGACAACCGGAACCAAUGGUCUAUCGUCAAGUUUAGGUAGGAACGCUGGGAAGCGGAUGCUUGGGUCUGGUGUCGCACGACUCGUCAGUAUACCUCAUGGGCCAUUCUCCUUCGAACCUCCUGUUCCUUCUCCUACAGUUAGCAAUAUGAGUGAAAGUACAAGAGGAAGCGGGAUGGGUGAUCGGGAGGCAGAGGAACGGGAACGGGAGGUGGUGGAAAGACGCAGGCAAGGGGACCAUGAAUUGACAGCGAUCAAGCAAUCGUGGCGGACUGCCCACGUUGAUAUCAAAUCCGAGCCCACACCAAGUACAACCGUCGGGUAUCGUUCUGCCACAAAAGGGAGGUCACUGGAUCUGGGACUGGGCUUGGCAUGGGCCCCAACAAAAGUGAGGGAAGAGGCACUCAUACCUUCCAGUACCUUUGCGUUAAGUCGCAGCACCUCUUCACGGAAUGGGUUGAAGUCUGCAGCUGCCAAAUUUGCCGAAGAGCGAUCGAAAGUAGGCAAGGAGAUUGCAGAGAUGUUCAAGAACGCACUGGGCAUUGAACAAUAUGCUACGUUUAAGCAAUAUGUCCAUCGCUUCGACGCUCAUGAUAUUCCCUUUGACGGUCCUACGGGUAUCAUCGCGCGCGCCGGGCAGUUGUUGGACAACUCGCGAAAUCUCGGCGACGACGGGAAGAAACAUCUGUUGGACAACCUUGUCCGGGUAAUCCUACAAAAUGCUUGAGCCACGCGGAAUCUGUAGUCCCUUCUGAAAACAACAUGCCCUCCUCAUUGCUGUGCGUGUCAUACUCUUUUUCGUUCUGUACAUAUUUUACGACAUAUCUUAUUCUCCAUUUCAAUUCACUACGCCACAUUUAGAAUCAUUUACGUGUAUUCUUGCAUCUAUUCAUGUACUAUCUCUUCUCCAUGCCUAUCCUUAAUGAUUUCGGGUUACAUAUUUGUCUUACGCUCGUCAUUCUGCAAUGCUUUCAGAUGCAUGUUAUUGAUUACUGCACGUUUAUGUUCUUAAGUACGGCCGUCUUAUGACUCCUGGUUCAUAAUUAAUGGAUUUCAUACAU